GCCCACGGUGCUACUGCGUCACUGAAAUCUAGCAUAUUAGAGCAAUGGGUUCGUCAUCAAUCUUGAAUGGCUAAACGCAUAGCCUGAGGUACCAGCAUAUCACACCUCAUAUUUCUUGUGUCAUCGACAAGGAGGUCACGGCUGAGGCGAAUUAUGCCCUACUUCCGAUCACCUCCUAUAUAAGGAGCAUAAUCACAACUAUGGUGCCAUUCAAAUGCUCUAUUGGAUCACGUGCACUGGGUUUUACGGCAAACGAACCAAGCUGCGCUCGUUCUUGGCGUUUCCUUCACAUCUAUCACAUAGCCUAGGCAAACGCUGUACUCCGUCAUUUCAUCGACUAUGUCAACUGUGCACCGCACUUUGUUUGAGCCGUUUCCGUUUAACGUCAGAUUUCAGUUCAGAUCCUUUUCCUGCCAUUAUCGAAGUCUUU